AUGAAAUCAGAGUCCGGACGCCGCUCUUUAGGAAAAUCUCCACAGACUCCUGCUGCUACUGGCUCAAAGGUAAAGUUUACCCAUGUGUCUGAUUUUCUCUUUUAGUUUUAAAACUCUGAGAACUUGUUUAUAAUUAAGUAACCUUUACAACACUAUAUACAACAAGCAGAAGACUUCAGGUCAGGACUCACACUUUAUGUGGUCUUCAGAUUAUUAAUAAAGGAACUGAUUUCAUUGCAUGUUUCUGUUGUAAAUUCUGAAACAAUUAGCAGAUUAGCAAACCAAAAGACAAGUCUGCUAACUGUUAUCUAGAUAAAUAAAAUUCAUUAGAUGGAAAUGUGUAACACUUGUUAGAUAGUGUCGUGAAUUCUUCUUCAGCAAAAAGGUCUCUAAGAGUCUCGGGGUCUUGAUGUGAAAAGAUAGACUUUAUUAUUCACACAACAAAGCCACGCUGGUCUGCAGAUCAACUCCCUUACUUAUCAGUUUGAAUGGAAACAUCCGCAUACACCUUAGCUGGACUGAUCCUGUAUCUCAGGGAUGGUGGAAACCCAGAAAGGUCGGAGGGAGUGCCGAGAACCUCAACCAAGAGGGCCAAAUCCGCAGAGAGGUGUGCAAGCUGAAUGCGAGUAUUCAUGUCAAAGCCCAAAUCUUGAAGGGGACGGAGGAGGAGUUGAUGUUCAGCUGUAGAAAGAAACAAAGAAGAGCUGGUCCGGUGAAUGAUUUAGUAAACAAAAGAAGCAUAAACACACAGAAACAUAGGGGUGUGAAUGAAAAUAGAGUUAGGGACUGGAUUACAGAAUUCACAGAAACCAGGAGAUAAUGGGAGAAAAAAAACACACUUCUAUUGACAUAAUGGCUUUGGAACUAACCCACAACGCAGAGAUAUUGUUGUCGGGGAAAACAACCAGGGGUGGGAACUAAGAAAGAAGGACUGUAUAAAUAGGGGAGCCUCAUUUCUGGGGUUUUUAGAUCACUCUUGGAAUGUCUCAACUGUAUGGAUCUCGUGUGGUGGAAUGAUAAAUUUGGACCCUUGCUUUUCCUCACUCACUGGUUCUUUGUGUUUUCUUUCUUAUUCGAUGAGCUGUUGAAUAUGUACCACUGCUCAGAUUGUGGGAAGAGUUUUACUAAAUGUGGUGAUCUCCAAAAGCACGAGUGUAUCCACACAGGGGAGAAGCCGUAUCACUGUGGACAGUGUGGGAAGAGUUUUACUUACCAGAGUAAUCUCCAAAUACAUCAGCGCAUCCACACGGGAGAGAAGCCAUAUUACUGCUUACAGUGUGGAAAGAGUUUUACUCGUCAGAGUCAUCUCCAAAUACACCAGCGCAUUCACACAGGAGAGAAGCCGUAUCACUGUGGACAGUGUGAGAAGAGUUUUACUUCUCAGAGUUCUCUCCAAAUACACCAGCGUAUUCACACAGGAGAGAGGCCGUAUCACUGUGGACAGUGUGGGAAGAGUUUUACUAGUCAGAAUAGUCUCCAAAUACACGAGCGCAUUCACACAGGCGUAAAGCCGUAUCACUGUGGACAGUGUGGGAAGAGUUUUACUCUCCAGGGUAAUCUCAAACGUCACCAGCGCAUUCACACAGGAGAGAAGCCGUAUCACUGUGGACAGUGUGGGAAGAGUUUUACUCAAAAGAGUUAUCUUCAAACACAUCAGCGCAUUCACACAGGAGAGAAGCCUCAUCACUGUGGACAGUGUGGGAAAAGUUUUAUUUGUCUGAGUAGUCUCAACCUUCACCAGCUCAUUCACACAGGAGUAAAGUCGUAUCACUGCUCGCAGUGUGGGAAGAGUUUUAGUCGAAAGAGAAGUCUCCAGCAGCACGAGCGUAUUCACACAGGAGAGAGGCCGUAUCACUGCCCCCAGUGUGGGAAGAGUUUUACUUGUCAGAGUCAUCUCCAAGUACACCAGCGCAUUCACACAGGCGUAAAGCCGUAUCACUGUGGACAGUGUGGGAAGAGUUUUAGUCGAGAGAGUUAUGUUCAAACACAUCAGCGCAUUCACACAGGAGAGAAGCCGUAUCACUGUGAACAGUGUGGGAAGACUUUUAUUUGUCUGAGUAUUUUCAACAGUCACCAGCGCAUUCACACAGGAGUAAAGCCGUACCACUGCUCGCAGUGUGGGAAGAGUUUUAUUCAAAAGAGUAAUCUCCGGCAUCACGAGCGCAUUCACACAGGAGAGAAGCCGUAUCACUGCUCGCAGUGUGGGAAGAAUUUUAGUCAAAAGAGUAGUCUCCGGCAGCACGAGCGCAUUCACACAGGAGAGAAGCUGGAUCACUGUGGACAGUGUGGGAAGAGUUUUACUAGUCAGAAUAGUCUCCAAAUACACCAGCGCGUUCACACAGGAGUAAAGCCGUAUCACUGUGGACAGUGUGGGAAGAGUUUUACUAGUCAGAAUAGUCUCCAAAUACACCAGCGUAUUCACACAGGAGAGAGGCCGUAUCACUGUGGACAGUGUGGGAAGAGUUUUACUAGUCAGAAUAGUCUCCAAAUACACGAGCGCAUUCACACAGGCGUAAAGCCGUAUCACUGUGGACAGUGUGGGAAGAGUUUUACUCUCCAGGGUAAUCUCAAACGUCACCAGCGCAUUCACACAGGAGAGAAGCCGUAUCACUGUGGACAGUGUGGGAAGAGUUUUACUCAAAAGAGUUAUCUUCAAACACACCAGCGCAUUCACACAGGAGAGAAGCCUCAUCACUGUGGACAGUGUGGGAAAAGUUUUAUUUGUCUGAGUAGUCUCAACCUUCACCAGCUCAUUCACACAGGAGUAAAGCCGUAUCACUGCUCGCAGUGUGGGAAGAGUUUUAGUCGAAAGAGAAGUCUCCAGCAGCACGAGCGUAUUCACACAGGAGAGAGGCCGUAUCACUGCCCCCAGUGUGGGAAGAGUUUUACUUGUCAGAGUCAUCUCCAAGUACACCAGCGCAUUCACACAGGCGUAAAGCCGUAUCACUGUGGACAGUGUGGGAAGAGUUUUAGUCGAGAGAGUUAUGUUCAAACACAUCAGCGCAUUCACACAGGAGAGAAGCCGUAUCACUGUGAACAGUGUGGGAAGACUUUUAUUUGUCUGAGUAUUUUCAACAGUCACCAGCGCAUUCACACAGGAGUAAAGCCGUACCACUGCUCGCAGUGUGGGAAGAGUUUUAUUCAAAAGAGUAAUCUCCGGCAGCACGAGCGCAUUCACACAGGAGAGAAGCCGUAUCACUGCUCGCAGUGUGGGAAGAAUUUUAGUCAAAAGAGUAGUCUCCGGCAGCACGAGCGCAUUCACACAGGAGAGAAGCCGUAUCACUGUGGACAGUGUGGGAAGAGUUUUACUAGUCAGAAUAGUCUCCAAAUACACCAGCGCAUUCACACAGGAAUAAAGCCGUAUCACUGUGGACAGUGUGGGAAGAGUUUUACUCGUCAGAGUAGUCUCCAAAUACACGAGCGCAUUCACACAGGCGUAAAGCCGUAUCACUGUGGACAGUGUGGGAAGAGUUUUACUCUCCAGGGUACUCUCAAACUUCACCAGCGCAUUCACAUAGGAGAGAAGCCCAUCUUGUAUAAUUUUGUUUUCCAGAUGUACCAAUGCUCAGAUUGUGGGAAGAGUUUUACUAAGAGUGGUGAUCUCCAAAAGCACGAGUGUAUCCACACAGGGGAGAAGCCAUAUCACUGUGGACAGUGUGAGAGGAGUUUUACUUGCCAGAGUAAUCUCCAACGGCAUGAGCGCAUCCACACGGGAGAGAAGCCAUAUUACUGCUCACAGUGUGGGAAGAGUUUUACUCGUCAGAGUACUCUCCGAAUACACCAGCGCAUUCACACAGGAGUAAAGCCGUAUCACUGUGGACAGUGUGGGAAGAGUUUUAUUUGUGGGACUACUCUCAAAUGUCAUCAACGUAUUCACACAGGGGAGAAGCCAUAUUACUGCCCCCAGUGUGGGAAGAGUUUUACUCGUCAGAGUAAUCUCCGAAUACACCAGCGCAGUCACACAGGAGAGAAGCCGUAUCACUGUGGACAGUGUGAGAAGAGUUUUACUUCCCAGAGAAAUCUCCAAAUACAUCAGCGCAGUCACACGGGAGAGAAGCCGUAUCACUGUGUACAGUGUAGGAAGAGUUUUACUUGCCAGAGUACUCUCCAAAUACACCAGCGCAUUCACACAGGAGAGAAGCCAUAUCAAUGUGGACAGUGUGGGAAGAGGUUUAGUCAAGAGAUUCAUCUUCAGACACAUCAGCGCAUUCACACAGGAGAGAAGCCGUAUCACUGUGGACAGUGUGGGAAGAGUUUUAGUCAAGAGAGUAAUCUCCAGCAGCACAAACGCAUUCACACAGGAGAGAAGCCGUAUCACUGUGGACAGUGUGGGAAAAGUUUUCGUGACCAGAGUACCUUCCGCAGACACCAGCAAAGUCAUACAGGACAGAAGCUGUACCUCUGUGGACAAUGUGGACGGAGCUAUACUCAUUCAAGUUCUUUAAGGACACACAAGUGCUCUAACAUAAAGCCGUCAGAUCUUGACAUGUGAAUUUUUUCAAAGGGAGGUCAAGGGACAUUCGGACAAAACUAUAACAUUAUAUUAUUUGUCAUGGACUGUAGUAUUCUGCUGCAUGGGACUUUCUUGCUGGGUUUUUAGAAGGAUUCAUGAUUUUAUGUUUUCCUGUUUUCCCCCGAAACACUAAUACCAAGCAUGGAAUACACAUAUUUAACCAGUGGGAAUGCCCACUUUAAUCGACCAAUCCAGACCUCUGAGUGAGACACAUGACUCUGACAUCUCCCUCUAACAUGAGCAAACAUCACCAUAACACAGAGGCAUUGUAUCAUAAAUAUAGCAAGCUUUUUUUUUUUUUUUUUUAAAUGCGAGCUAGUUGUUGUUUUCUAAAAUGUCACUUUUGUGGCUCAUUUCUGUAUUUCUUUACGAAUUCCAAUCUGAUCCUCUGAUUCUUACUGCUGAUGAGUGGUUUGUGUGUUGUGGUAUGGCCUCUAUAUUUCUGCACUUGAACUCUUCUUCAAUUGGUGGAUUGUUAUACCUUCACCCCUGCCUUGUGAACGCUAUUGAUGUCACUAACUGUUGUUUUUGGGUUUGUAAUGUUUGGUGCUGUUGUUUUCCUUGGCUGACCUGUUCCAUGUGUUUUUUUUUUCCAAAUUGUUAUAAUCGCUAUACCUAAUGCUUGUGCAAUGGCUCUGAUAGAUUUUCCUUCUUUUCUCAGUUUCAGAAUGGCUUGAUUUUCUCUGUGUUGGCCUAUCCUUUUUAACAAGGAAAAGCCUAAGGCUCAGACCAAGAGUAGACAUUCAAAGCUCAUAAUUCUCGAAACAUUCAAUGUUAUAGAUCCUACCUGGCCAGAAGGAACCACCUACCAGUCACUUGUUCCAAUAAUUUUGAUUAAUUGAAAAAUAAAUGGGUUCAAUUAAAAGGUGCCAUGUUCUAAGUUGUGUCACACCAUAGAUUUAAAUAUCAAGUAAUAAAAGCAGAAACUCAGAUCUGUACUCUCAUAGUCAUCUUUUUAUGUCAAACUUAAAUGUCUUUAGUGUAUAGUGAAAACAACAGAAUUGGUCUUGCUGUUCCAAUACUUUUUUUUUGUGGAAUGAGUUAUCUUGUUUUAGACAUACUUAGAAAAUAAUAUUAUAAAUAAUCAGUUACAUUCUGUUAAGUGUAGAAAGAAAAUUGAGGAUUGUUUUUUUUUUUUUUUUUCUUUGUCUCUUUAAAAAAAAAAAGGACAAAAUUCCAUUGUUUUUGUAAGUCUCUUCAGUGGUGUAUUGUGCUCAGAUUUUAUUUAUGUAUUAAACAUUUUAUGGACAACCAUGGUGUUGUCUGUUGUGAAAUGAUGAUGAUGAUAAUAAUAAUAAUAAUAAUAAUAAUAAUAAUAAUAUUAAUAAUAAUAAUAUGGUAAGGAUGUCUAAAACAGGUUAAAAGAGGAACUCUACUGAGUUGUCAAUACACUUUUAAUCGGUUCACAAAUGAACAUUUAAGGUUCCCCCACAGUUCAAAAAGUUCAUUUUUUUAAGCUUCUCUUGUUAGAGAGUAUGCCACAUAAAUUUGUUAGCUUAAUCAAACUAAUUUCUGCCAUAAUAAGCAAGCAAGAUCAUAGGCAAGCUAGUGGAUUUUUUAUUUAAAAAUCAUUAAACAAAUCAUUAACACACGUUGUUGGAUUCAAACAAACCGUAUAUAGAAUGUCAAAUUUUAAAAUUGCUAACCCUAAGUAAUGAUUUGAGAAUUACAACAAAGAUAAAAGCUACUUACAUUUGUAGCCGGGGGAUCCGGCAAGAUGGCGAACCUAGUGCAUAUGCUUUAUAACGAUGCUUUAUAACAUAACAAUGGUCUAGAUUUAAGGCACUUGGGUUUAUGGAUAACACUUACCUAAAAUAAAGAAGUUAUUUAACACAAACUGAGUAUAACCAUCUUCCAUUAUUAUACCAAGUGUUAUUGUUUCUAAUGAAUGGAGUUAACCAAUUAAUGGUUUUUUUUUUUGUUUUUUUUUUUUUGUUUU